AUGGCGCUCGCGGAGUUCGUCAAGUUCCCUGAGGGCUUGUCAUUCUUUGAUACCGGUUCUGCUGUCCUUGCUCCACAAUCAUUGGAACACAAUGAGGAAUUGUCCAUCCCAGUAGAACCCGUUCUUAAGGGAUUUCUAAAACCGGUUGACGACGGGAUUGUUUCCAGAGACUUGAGGAUUCGGUUCACUCACGGUACAACUACAUUAGCAUUUAAGUAUCAAUCUGGAAUCAUUGUUUCAGUUGAUUCUCGGGCUUCAGCCGGCUCUUAUAUUACGUCACCGCAGAUACACAAGGUCCUGAGGAUAAAUAAAUAUCUUUUGGGAACUAUGGCAGGUGGUGCUGCUGACUGCGCAUAUUGGGAGCGUGUGCUUUCGAAGCAGUGCAGAUUAUUUGAAUUGCGCAACAAAGAGCGCAUUUCAGUUGCAGCCGCUUCAAAACUCCUUUCAAACAUGCUGUACAAUUACAAAGGUUAUGGACUUAGUCUUGGGUCCCUUAUCGUUGGAUACGACAAGUUAGGGCCUGGCUUGUAUUACGUCGACAAUGAUGGGACGCGUUUGACUGGUGACUACUUUUCAACCGGAUCUGGAAGUCCUCAUGCUUAUGCUAUUCUUGACAGGGAGCAUAGAUACGAUAUGACCGAUCAAGAGGCUAUCGAUCUCGGUCGCAAAGCCAUUUAUCACGCCACUUACCGAGAUCCAGCUUCUGGUGGGAUAAAUAAUCGUAAGCUGAAAGAGCAUACUUCUAAGGAAAUAAUGAUCUUCAAAAAUGCGACUUGGGUCGUUUUUGGUCUCUUUUUCUUCCUCGUAGUUUGGACCGAAUUCCUGCUUUUUUACAUGAGUCUCCUUCAGUGUACAUGGCCUCAGAUAUCAGAAAAAAAUGCCGAUAAAUUCAUUUAUUCUGGUGAUAAUUUGAAGUCCGUUAAGAUCCUCCUCAUUUCGGAUACGCAUAUUGGAAGUCGCCAUCAGUGGAUUGAUAAAACUCGAAGACACUGGCUUUUGAAGCGCGCUUUCAAGACAGCUAUGAGCCUCUACCAUCCCGACGUAGUGCUCCACCUUGGAGAUCUUUUGGAUUAUGGUUUCUUUGAAUCUGAAGAUGCUUUUGAAGCUGACGUGAAGAUAGCGCAGAACAUCUUUGAUGUGGGAUCUACGACCGUCUUCAAAGUAAUUCCUGGCAAUCACGAUAUUGGCUUUCAUCACAGGACAUCUAGAACUGGAAACCCUGGUGGGCUGUGUGAGGUUCUCCACUUCACUGUGGUGGAGGCUGGUUUCGAUGGGUUGUACGAGAAGCAUAAUGCCACUCGCACUCGAAAUCGCAUUUCUGUUUUAUUUAGAUUGCACCCUUAUACGUACGCACGCUUCAAUCGUGCAUUUCGCCAUCACAACUCUGGGUCUAGAGAUUGGUUCGAUAGUGGUGGCGCAGAAGGAGUUGGAGGUGGGGUGAAGUUGUGGGCGUAUCGGGGCCUUCUCUUCGUCCUUCUUAAUAGCAUGGCUCUAAGCGACGACAGUUGCCGCUUCUGUCGACGCGCUGGAGAGGAGCUCCAAUUGUUGACCAAGCGUCUCCAGUGUCUGCGCGGCGAACUCGCCCUGCAAUCUUGCCAGGACGACUUUGAGGCCAUCACAGAGCCUGGCAGUGAUGUGAUUCAUCCCGGUGACUACUCACAUCCAAUCCUCAUCCAACACUUUCCCCUCUACCGAUCAGACGAGACGGUUUGUGAGGCUGGCCUACGUGACUCCAUGCCCGAGGUGGAACGUCACACGUCCUACAAAAGUGACUUCGACUGCCUCUCCGAUUCGGCAACCAAACAAGUUUGUCUUCCAUCUUACGAAGGUGGUGUCAUUUUGUGUAGUGAGCGAUUAAAACUAAAUCAAGAAGGUUUGGCGGCGCAUACCUUGGAUAGCCACGAUGAUAAAAUGCUGGAGUUACUGGUUUUCCUUAUUCUGCUCUUCUUCGCGGUCCGACCAAAUUUGGCAUUUGGCGGCCACACGCACUACUACUGCCACCGCAACCAUACUGUUGGCACCCGAACAGGCGGAUCGUGGCGGAUGGAGGAGUGGACUCUCCCUCCCUUCUCCUACCGUGUUUCUAAAACCCCUGGAUUCAUUCUCAAUAAGGCGACCACAAAUCGUGACUCUCCUAGCACUGCAGAGGCAGAUGUUGCAGAACAAGAAACAGAGAUAAGACGCAUCGGACCUCAACUGGCGCCAGAUGCCAUGGCACCUAGCGGAGGCAUCGGACCAGCACUGCCAGAGCAUAUAAUGCGCGCACGGAUGGCCACAGCGGCGGCGGAGGCGGGAGAUGAGACAGCGGUUGUUGAUUUAGGUGCCAUUGGACCCCUCCUACCUGGUAACGAGAUUGUCGAGGAGCUACGUCACACUUCUGACCUGUCACGAGAUGCUACAUCAUCAUGUGUUAACCCGCUUUCUCGUGACGGUUUGGAGCGCGACACCUGGAUGACCGACUAUCUACCUGUCUCAACAGAUACCAGAGCGAUGCUGAAACCGCGGAAAUUCCGACAGAAUCCCCCCUCUGCCUCUUCCGUGGACACUUCGUGGUUUACAGUGGGUGAAGGUCAGUCAUCCCACUCUUCUGCCACCACUGUUACUGCCAAUGUUCCCAAACCGGACGUACACCACAAGAUGCUGCAGGACGUUGUCUCCGCUAGGGAUGAAAAGAUGAUGGCUGUCGCAAACGCAUACAACAAGAAGCACCAUCGAGAUGAAAGCCUUUUGGAACGGCAUCAGAGGAAGCGUGCUAGAGAAGCUGAGAAGACGAAAAAGGCGGGACGACAGAGUAGCACUUCCACAACCAACAGCAGCGAAGUUAGCAGCAGCAGUAGUAGUAGUGAUUCAGAAGGAAAGAAUGGGAAAGAAAAGCACCGAAAGCGGAAGCAUCGGCACCACAAAAAGCGUCAAGAACCAGGUCUUGAGUUGGGUAGUUAA